CCGCCCGGCGAGGAGAUCAAAGCGGGAGCGGCGCGAGUCGGGCUGGGGCGUGGGGUCGGGCCGGGUACCGUGAGCGCGCGCGCCAGGGGGAGCGGCGUGGGGGCGGCCCCUGCGCCCUGCCCCGCCCGCCCGUUAAAGCGCCUGGGCGCCGGGGGAGCCCUUGUCGGGAGCCGGCCGGCGCGGCAGCGGCUCGCCCUCCGCGCUUACCCUCCGCCGAAGUGCUCGUUGUGGUGCCGGGCAUGAGGGGCCGCGGGGCGCCGCGCCGCAGUGGCGGCGGCGGCGACGAGCACAUGGCAUAGCCGAGGUCGGCGGCGAGCGCCGGGCCGGGUUAACGGCGGUCUGGCGGGGCGAGUGCGGUUCUCUGCAUGUGGAAAGUGAGGCGAGCCAGGGAGCCCGGCGGCACCGGAGAGCACCCGUCGGCGCGGUCCUGAGUACCCGGGCAGCGGCGGCCGGCCGCCCGCCAUGGAUUGCAGCCUCCUCCGGACCCUCGUGAGCCGAUAUUGUGCUGGAGAAGAGAAUUGGGUGGACAGUCGAACUAUUUAUGUUGGGCAUCGUGAACCACCUCCAGGCACUGAAGCGUACAUUCCACAGAGAUUUCCAGAUAACCGAAUAGUCUCAUCAAAGUACACAUUUUGGAACUUUGUACCAAAAAAUUUGUUUGAGCAAUUCAGAAGAAUAGCUAACUUCUAUUUUCUCAUCAUUUUCCUUGUUCAGUUAAUCAUUGAUACGCCUACAAGUCCAGUUACAAGUGGACUUCCACUUUUAUUUGUCAUCACCGUAACAGCUAUAAAACAGGGUUAUGAAGAUUGGCUUCGACAUAAAGCUGACAAUGCAAUGAACCAAUACCCUGUUCAUUUCAUUCAACACGGUAAACUGGUUAGAAAGCAAAGCCGAAAAUUAAGAGUUGGAGAUAUUGUAAUGGUAAAAGAAGAUGAAACAUUCCCAUGUGACUUAAUAUUUCUAUCAAGUAGUAGAGAAGAUGGAACAUGUUUUGUUACUACAGCUAGUUUGGAUGGUGAAUCCAGCCAUAAAACUCACUAUGCUGUUCAAGAUACAAAGGCAUUUCACAAUGAACAAGAAAUCGAUGCACUACAUGCUACCAUUGAAUGUGAACAACCUCAGCCUGACCUUUAUAAAUUUGUUGGUCGAAUAAAUGUUUACCAUGAUAGGAAUGAGCCUACUGCAAGGCCAUUAGGAUCUGAAAAUCUACUUCUUAGAGGAGCCACUUUAAAGAAUACAGAAAAAAUCUUUGGUGUUGCUAUCUACACUGGCAUGGAAACUAAGAUGGCAUUAAAUUACCAGGCAAAAUCACAGAAACGAUCUGCUGUAGAAAAAUCAAUGAAUGUAUUCCUUAUUGUAUACCUCUGUAUCCUCAUCAGUAAAGCACUAAUAAAUACUGUCCUGAAGUAUGUCUGGCAGAGUGAACCAUUUCGUGAUGAACCAUGGUAUAAUCAGAAAACAGAGCCAGAAAGGAAAAGAAAUUUGUUUCUUCGAGCUUUUACAGAUUUCCUUGCAUUCAUGGUUCUUUUCAACUACAUUAUUCCUGUAUCCAUGUAUGUCACUGUGGAAAUGCAGAAAUUUCUUGGUUCUUACUUCCUUACAUGGGAUGAGGAGAUGUUUGAUGAGGACACAGGUGAAGGACCGCUGGUGAAUACUUCUGACCUCAAUGAAGAGUUGGGACAGAUUGAGUAUGUCUUCACAGAUAAAACAGGAACAUUAACUGAGAAUAACAUGGAAUUUGUAGAAUGUUGCAUUGAAGGGCACGUUUAUGUGCCACAUGUUAUCUGCAAUGGCCAAAUUCUCCACGAUUGUACAGGCAUUGAUAUGAUCGAUUCUUCUCCAGGAGGAAGUGGAAAGGAGAGAGAGGAACUAUUUUUCCGAGCUCUUUGCCUUUGCCACACCGUUCAGGUAAAAGAUGAUGAUAGUGUAGACGGAUUGAAGAAAAGCCAGCUCUCAAGAAGAUCUUGCAUAUAUAUAUCGUCAUCACCAGAUGAAGUUGCUCUAGUUGAGGGAAUACAGAGACUUGGUUACACCUAUCUAAGGCUGAAGGACAAUUUUAUGGAGAUUGUAAAUCGGGAAAAUAACAUAGAGAAGUUUGAAUUAUUAGAGGUUUUGAGUUUUGAUUCUGUGAGACGGCGAAUGAGUGUAAUUGUUAGAUCUUCAACAGGUCAUAUAUUUCUGUUUUGUAAGGGAGCAGAUUCUUCCAUAUUUCCUAGAGUUAAAGAAGGCAAAAUUGACCAAAUACGAUCCAGAGUUGAACGCAAUGCAGUGGAGGGACUGCGAACAUUGUGUGUUGCAUAUAAAGAGCUCACAGCAGAAGAAUAUAGCAAAGUACAGAAGCUGCUUCAGAAUGCAAAGUUGGCCCUCCAAGACCGAGAAAAGAAAUUGGCAGAAGUGUAUGAGAAGAUAGAAAGAGAUUUUAUUUUACUUGGUGCUACAGCUGUUGAAGAUCGACUACAGGAAAAAGCUGCUGACACUAUUGAAGCACUCCAGAAAGCUGGAAUUAAAGUUUGGGUUCUGACAGGAGACAAAAUGGAGACUGCUGCAGCUACUUGCUAUGCUUGCAAACUCUUCCGGAGAAAUACACAAAUACUUGAGCUAACCACAAAGAAAAUUGAGGAACAGAGUUUACACGAUGUGCUUUUUGACCUAAGCAAAACUGUCCUAAGACACAGUGGCAGCUUAACCAGGGAUACUUUCUCAGGACUUUCAACUGAUAUGCAGGAUUAUGGUUUAAUUAUUGAUGGAGCAGCAUUAUCAUUAAUAAUGAAACCAAGACAAGAUGGGAGCUCUGGUAACUACAGAGAGCUCUUUCUUGAAAUUUGCAGGAACUGCAGUGCAGUGUUAUGCUGUCGAAUGGCACCUCUGCAAAAAGCACAGAUUGUGAAAUUGAUUAAGUUAUCAAAGGAGCAUCCUAUCACAUUAGCAAUUGGUGAUGGAGCAAAUGAUGUCAGUAUGAUUCUAGAAGCACAUGUUGGCAUAGGAAUCAUUGGCAAAGAAGGUCGUCAAGCAGCAAGAAACAGUGACUAUGCAAUACCUAAAUUUAAACAUUUGAAAAAAAUGUUGCUUGUUCAUGGGCAUUUUUAUUAUGUUAGGAUAUCUGAACUUGUGCAAUACUUCUUUUAUAAGAAUGUCUGCUUCAUUUUUCCUCAGUUUUUAUAUCAGUUCUUCUGUGGGUUUUCACAACAGACUUUAUACGAUACUGCGUAUCUAACACUGUACAAUAUCAGCUUCACUUCCCUUCCUAUCCUCUUUUACGGUCUAAUGGAACAGCAUGUCAGUGCAGACACACUCAAGAGAGAGCCUUCCCUAUACAGAGAUGUUGCCAAGAAUGCUUUGCUGCGCUGGCGUGCAUUUAUUUAUUGGACAUUCCUAGGAGUGUUUGAUGCUGUGGUAUUUUUCUUUGGUGCCUAUUUAUUGUAUGACAACACAGUUGUGACCAGCAAUGGACAGCUAAUGACAACCAGCACUCACAUGAUGUUUGGAAACUGGACCUUUGGAACACUGGUGUUCACUGUGCUUGUAUUCACGGUUACAUUGAAGCUUGCACUAGAUACACACUAUUGGACGUGGAUAAAUCACUUCAUGAUCUGGGGAUCACUGGUAUUCUACGUUGUCUUUUCUCUGCUCUGGGGAGGAAUUAUUUGGCCUUUUCUCAAUUAUCAGAGGAUGUAUUACGUGUUCAUGCAAAUGCUGUCUAGUGGUCCUGCGUGGCUGGGUAUAAUUCUGCUCAUAACUGUCAGCCUUCUUCCAGAUGUUCUCAAGAAGGUCUUAUGCAGACAGUUGUGGCCUACAGCAACAGAAAGAAUCCAGACUAAGCAUCAGUGCCUUUCUGUUGAGCAGUCCACCAUCUUUAUGCUUUCUCAGACUUCAAGCAGUCUAAGUUUCUAAUGGAACAAAAGGAUGCAUCGAGGCACUGUCAGGAGCACAUCUCGGAAUUCACACCUCUUGCCUGUCUGAAAAGCCCAAGAUACAGGAGCAGUGACUGCAGCAGUUCCCCAGCAAGAAGGUCUAAUUCUCAUUCUAAAAAAAUGAUGUUUACGCACUGGAGAGGCAUUGAUUAUUCAGUACUUCCAUCUGUCUUUGGCUAUUCAAAUAGGCAUUGCCGUCCUAGUGCAGGCUACCGCUACAGUGGGUCAGGUUUGGAAACGUCCGUAUGACAGAACACCAAGUCAAGCCUUUAAAAACUAUUUAUUUCUUUUUUCAGGAAACAAAUAUGUCACAGAAAUAUAUUAAACUAUACGUGGCUUUUGCCGUCUGAGGUAGUGUUCAGACAAACAGGAUCAAGAGCUAGAAGUAUGAACCCUUCCAGGCCAAUAGGCCUCUUUUUAUGUUUUGAACUACUGGAGCAAUGAACAAUCUGCACAGUCUGGUACUGUGAGACUGGUAGCACUAAAAAUUCUCUUCAUCCUGUGUCAAGACUUUUGUGCAUUUACUGCUUCUGUCAUCUUUUAGUCAUUUUCUUUGUUACUUGAAGUGUAUAGUUUCAGUCAGUGACCUACAUUUUGAGUUCAACAGGUUUAAUUUUCAGCCAGAAGCAAUGACCUCAGUUAUCUCCAGUGAAAGUCUCCUAAAUCAUAUUUAACAAGUGCUGUUUCUGAUUUUCCUCUGUCCUUUCUCUUUCUUUGCUCUUUCUAUAGAACAAACUGGUGUUUCCUCUGUGCAAAUCUGCUUUCAAGAAACACUCUCUAAUGCUCACUUCCUUGUAAGUGGCCAAAUCAGGGCUAUGUCUGGUUUUCACUUAGCUUUCCCCCGUAGAAAGAUAGCCAAAACAAUCCUUGUGCGGAUUAUGUACAUGCUGUCUGAAGUCAAGUUGGCUGUUCAGUAGGUAAAUACCAUCAAUGUUGGUAUCUACUUAAAACCUGAAUGUAAGCAUUUGGCCUAAAAGGUCUUUGUGAAUUUGUCAGAGGUGCAGAUUACCCAGCGUUCCCCCUUCCUCUCCCUGUAAUUAUAAAAUAGGCAUAGCCAAAAGCAUUACAUAUUAAACCCUUUUUGACACAUUUAUUUCUUUAAAAGAAGAAAGGCUGUUUUUCCAAAUAAGCGACUCUUACUAUCUGGAUUCAUCUUCUUAAUUUUGAUGUAAGUUUUUGUGUGUGUCUGGUUAAAUACUGGCUAAUUGGCUUGGUUAGAUGUAUUACAAAGCACGCAACUGUUAACUUUUGCAAGCAAACCACGAGGUGGCACACGGCUGUUUAUGAACAGUUGAACCGUAGUUGUGAUACAGGAACUCGUUUGACUGCAAGGAUUCUGUCUAAGUGACUUUAAGAAUGACAGCCAACUUGCACUUUCUCUGCUACAUUUAUGUUAUCUGGCACUAAUUCAAGUAUUAGCUGUGUCCUUGUCUCGUUUCUUUAUUCCAGUGUUUUAUUUUGGGGUGCAAAAAUAUCUGAAGGAGUAAUCUGAUUUCAGUCAAUUUCAGCCUGCUGGUUAGAACUGGUUAAUGACCAUAGUCAUUAUUAGAUAUCUCUGGGAGGACAUUAGCUAGAAAUCUCUUUCAACGUGAAAAGAAAAUAUUUGAAAUCAGAGCUGCAGCCUUUAUUGGAAGACCUGGCCAAGAGAUUGUUUGUUGUAUUUUGAAUGGACCAGGGAGGCAGAGAAAAAUUUUCCCUUUUGUGUUUAAAAAAAACCCAAAACACCAAAACAAAUAAAAAACCACAAUCAAAAAACAGAGGCAAAAUAGUUUACUUACUAAUUUACUUUUCACUAAAAGAGAAAUCAACUUACUAGGAAAUGUUCUUCACAAUAUUCUGGGUGAUUUUCACAUUGAACAGUGAAAUAUUAUCAAAAUGGCCUGGGACAAGCAGAGAUUGUAGAGUGAGACAUGAAAUUUUCUGUAUACCAAAGAGAAGAGAAUUUUAAGAAAUGUAAUGGGGAGCACCACAGCUGAAGGUAUUUUUACCAUUUAACAUGUAGCAUUUUUAAGUUUCAAAGAAUGUCCUCAUAGCAGUACCGUUUUGAAAUACAUACAUGUGUGGGUGCGGGUAUGUGUACAUGUACUUGCCAUUGCAGACUUGAAUGUGGGUCAGUCAGAACCGUCCCCUACAUAAAACACUGGUGUAUAUAUUUUUGAAAAAUUAAUAUGGCUAUAAAUUUUAUACCAGUAGCAGUGACAAAUUUCUUGUGUGUAGUUAACAAAUUAUUUGUAAUGUAUUUUUUAGAGAUCUUAAAAUUGCCUUUGCACUGAAAUAUUUUUCAUACUGUAGCUAUUUAUAAAUCUGUUUUACGCAUACAUUUGUUAACACACCGUUUCUAUUUUUUUGAAGUAUAUGUUUUGAAAGCUUUUUUUAUACCUAUGAGUUUCUGGCCACUUCGAUUUAGCUUAGCGUGGAGUCGUGGCUGAAUGUUAACAUGCUAAUGAAUGUCACAUUGGAAAAGCAGGUCUGCUGCUCUGCCAGUCUCACCCAAGCUGUUGAUGUUCUGUUGGGCUUUGCGAUAGCAGAGAGGAGAGCGCUGUAUUUCCAGCGCUUUGCUAUUACUGCUGGCUUUUUUACUCUCUAGGGCCUCCUGCUUUUUUACUUGUCUGAGUUCCAUCUUUUAGCCUUAAAUGAGAUUUUUUGCUUGAUGUUUUUGAAAAUGCUGCAUUCCUGUUCUGCCUACUAACAAAGCAGUUCAUUGCAAACUUCAUGUAGCCCUGCACUUCGAAAUUACUGCCAUUAUUGAGGCUGAAACACCUCUAUAAGUGCUUGGGAAAUUUCAGUUAAGCAUGUCAUUUUGGGGGGGGAGAAAGAAUGCUUGAAUUUAAGUGGAAGUUUCUGCUUUGAUUUAGCAAUACUUUUACCUUGAAAAGUUGGUACUGUUUGCUUGUUAAAAUAGACCGUUUAGUGGAAAAAAAAACCCAUAAAACAUUGACUGGGUUUCACUUGACAUGCUUUUGCUUCAGUCCCUGUUACUAUUGCCAUGCAAACCGAGUCCGCUGCAGCAGCAGGUGUUACCUGGGAGUUCCGUUGUCAAUGGAUCAGAGGAUACAAAGAUGAAAAAAUAGAAGUUCGAUCAAAAUGCGCUAGAAUGUUUUAUUAUGGCUGGGACCCUGAAAAGAGACAGAUUUUAUGUAUUAAAAUUAAUGAAAAAAUUAAAGGGGAAAAGUAUAAAAACCUAUAUAACUUCCUAACCUGCCUUGUUUAAACUGUUGCAGCUUUAACAGCAUAGUGUCUCUAUAACUGCUUCUAUAAAUGUCUUGAAACUGGUAAGCGCUAACCAAAUGUACGUGACGACUUAGAAAGUAUUUCAAGCUUUUCAGCCACUGAAGUUCAUAUAUUCUCACAGUGGCUUGUGGCAAAAGGUCUUUUUUGUUUUACCAUGAAUAAUAAUUGUUUGUUCAGCCACUUAAUGUAAAAGCUUCCAGUUUACUUUCUUGCUUGCAUUAGCCUGUUUGUCUUGACCCAACCGGCUUGCAAAUGUGAAAGGAAACAAAAAAUCUCUUAGUGGGGCAACUGCACUACUUUUCUUUUGGAAGCCAGUGGGAUCAUUGUGCUCACGCUACUGUCUGAUAAAAAAGCUUUAAUGGAAAUUUGUGAAAGUAUUAUGGAAGUGAAAAGUACGUGAUUCUACUUUGCAGACUAAUCUAAAAAUCCAUUUAUAGAGCUUUAAUUUUUUACCUUACAAAAAUUCACAGACUUUUAACCUGCGUUGUCUCCAACACACGCUCUGUGCUGUGUACACGCUGCAUCUUAGAUGUCCUUUCAUGACCUAACGUAAAGUAGAAUCUGCGGAAGCUGCUGUGUGGGAGCUGGGGGGUAGUUCUCUGUGCAUUAAACAUUACAGAUGUCUGUAGUCAUCGGCACCAAAUACUGACACUUAUUUUUAAUUGUACAAUUAUAGGUGCAUUUAUUUGAAACUAAAUCAGCCUUCAAAUCAAAUGUUUAGAUUAUCCUAUACCACUUGGUUUAUUUGAUUUGAAGAGUCAGUGUGUGAAUACAUUACUGUAAAGUUUCUUUUCAGUGCUAUUUUUAACGUUUAUUUCUGUAGAUAACCAAAUAUAACUUGUUUAUACUCAGUCACAUUUUGGAUCCUUAUGUAGAAUAUAUGAGCAGGAGACAAGAAUCUGCUUGCAAUAAAUACAAACAUUCAAGACUGGUUUAAGUUUGCUCUCCAGUAAUUAAAAUCUAGUAUGAAUAUGAGAUGGUUUCAUAUUAGUCUGUAAUAAAAUGUAAGUACAUAACAGAAAA